GGAAGCGCUUCCGUGGUGAUGAUGCUGUGAGCGGCCGAGCCUCCAGCAGCAGAAACGCCCUGCAUCCUCUCUGCUCUCCCCCAGCAUCCAUCCAGCCUCCGCCAGCCGGGAAGGGGCCGCUGUGGACGGCAGGACAGACCCAGCAGACCCCGCUGAAACCGAUGGCCUUUUAAAGCCUCCGGAGAAAAUAAACCCAGCCGAGAAAUGGAUUCCCUGCCUUCCUCCUUCCUGCUCUUCCUCCUCCUCCUCCUCAUCACUUCCCCGCUCUGCUCCCCUGCUGCUGCUGACAGGAGAAUCGGUUGCCUGUUUGAGAACGAGUUGUGUUCUUCAUACGAGAUCUGUGUCAACGAUGGGAUGUUUGGGAGGUGUCACUCUGUUCCAGUCAGGGACGUUUACGCCUACGACGUCUCCCCAUCUGUAGUGCAACGUUUCCGCAUCCUGCUGGAGAAGCUGUCCAACAGAGGUUUGACCUGGGAAGAUGACACGACCCAGAAGGUUCUGUCCAGCGAGUUAUCCAAACUCAGGAGGAUUCCCUACCGGCCGCAGCAGAAAGGGCCGAUCUACAGCAGCAGCUCCAGGCCGGCAGCUGAAGCGAUGGACCCAGAAGACCAGAGGGUGAAGCCGGUGGAGGUGGAGCUCAACAGGAAUCUGCAGACUUACCUCCAACGUCUGGGCCUCCUUCCCAAGACGUCAUCCGCCUCCAGCCUCAGCAAACCUGGCAAGCCGCUGCAGAAGCAGAAGCAGAAGCAGAAGCCUCUGUCCAGCCAGCUGCUCGCCUCGCAGGCAGAUGGGGACCUUCUCCUGGCCGCCCUGAGGCGGUUUCUCUCCGGGCGUCUCUCUCUGCUCGGCGCUGGGAUGAAGCAGGAAGCCGCCUCUCCUCGGCUCAGGCCCUUCUACAGCAGCAGCGUAGAAAAUCCCGGGUUCAUGAAGGAGACGCCGCAGUCCAGGCUGGUGAAGACGGGAAGUUCCCCUGCAGCUUCAGCCAAGGAGCCGCUCACAUCUGUGGACGAGCGGUUCAUAGAGAAGGUGAUGAAGAACGUGGGCAGACAGCAUGUGGACGUGGACAGCCUGACGCCGCAGGACCUGAGCCAGCUCUCCAGCCUGAUCGCCGACGCUCUGCUGGUGGUGGACCAGGACCAGGGACCGGCCCGGCCCCUGAGCCGGGACCGAGGGCCCGGACUCAGAGACCUGGAGGGAGAGCGGAGCGACUCGAGUCAGGAGGCUUCCAGAGCCGAGGAAGUGCUGCUGCAGAACGUUCCCACUCUGAACCCUGACCCUCAGGGAAGAAGCGCGCAGCUACCACUGGCAGCGCUUCAAGAACGGCACACGGAUGCAGUGGACGAUCCGGCUCAGAGCAGCAGCCUCUUCAACAAACUCCUGGCCUACCUGGACAAAGCCUCUCUUUCCGAUCCUUCGUCAGUCAGAAGCCGCUACGACGUCGCCGCGGCAGCCCCCAGGGGCCGGCAGGUGGGCCUGGAGAACGUCCAAAGUCACACCAGCGAGGCGGGAGUGGCGGUGCAGAAGAAGGACACCACCCAGUCAGUGGAGGAGGUAUCGGAGGUGGCGGGCUGGAUCAAGGAGGUGGUGCCUCCGCCCGCCUCGCUCGUCUACAAGGAGCCGCACAAAAAGACGAUGCACGCGCCGGAGCUGCAGCUGGACGUCAAAACCGACAGGAAGAAGCCGGACGACGACGUUUUCGGCUACGUCAUCACAGACACAGAUCGGCUGCAGACAGACGAUGGCCUUCACCUGAUGGAGAUCUUGGCUCAUCGGUCAAACAUCCAGAUGACGGACUUCACUGAGCUCGUGGUGGUGGGACCGGCCGUGACCUUCAAAGUGAGCCGCAACUCCCAGAACGUCAGCACUGCAGAUGUGGCCAACGUGGCUGUUAAACAAAAAGCUGAUCUGGAGAAGGAAACCAAGCUCACCAUCCUGGAGGCUGGAGUCGCUGAUGAAAGCCAGAUCAAGCAGAUCCCCACCAAGUACAGCCAGGGAGAAUCCACCAAGUUCCUCAUCCUCACCAUCGUGUCCAUCCUCUGCAUCGUCGGCGUGCUGCUGGCCUCCACCGUGGUCUACUGCCUUCGCCAUCGCUCCCACCACAAGCUCAAGGAGAAGCUCACCAAUCUGGGCACAGACAGUGGCGGCGAUGCUACUGCCACCUAUCAGGAACUGUGUCGGCAGCGCAUGUCGGUCAAACCCUCCGUGGACCGUCCUGAGCCCAUUUCCUCCAGGAUCAACAGCGUCUCGUCUCAGUUCAGCGACGGCGGUCCGGCCAUCAGCCCCUCCGGACGCGGCAGCAUCUCCUCCUGGAGCGAGGAGCCCGCCCACUCCAACAUGGACAUCUCCACUGGCCACAUGAUACUGUCUUACAUGGAGGAUCACCUGAAGAACAAAGACCGCCUGGCGAAGGAAUGGGAGGCUCUGUGUGCUUAUCAGGCUGAGCCCAACGCAACCGCCACCGGCCUGAAGAACGGCAAUGCAAAGAAGAACCGCUCCACUGCUGUGGUGGCAUAUGAUCACUCCAGAAUCACCUUGAAGGUGGAGAACAGCCAAGCCAACUCCGACUACAUCAAUGCCAGCCCAGUAAUGGAUCAUGAUCCCAGGAACCCGGCUUACAUCGCCACUCAGGGUCCCCUGCCCUCCACUGUGGCUGAUUUCUGGCAGAUGGUGUGGGAGAACGGCUGUGUGGUCAUCGUCAUGCUGACUCCUCUGGUGGAGAACGGGGUGAAGCAGUGCUACCACUACUGGCCCGACGAAGGAUCCAACUUGUACCACAUCUACGAGGUAAAGGUCGCUCUACUUUGAAAUGUUUCAGCUCUU